AUGGAUUUCCUGGUCGGGACAUUUUACACGCCUAAACUAUUCACUCUGCGCUUUACACCAAGCAAGGAUAUUUCAAAAUGUAAACUGGAAAUAGCGCACACUUCCGAAGCCAUUGGCGGACACUCCUGGCUCUCUCUAUCCUCGGACAAGAAACACCUCUACACAACUGUCUGGGCAUCUCCUCCUGCUGUUGCUGCCUAUCGCGUUGAGGACAAUCAUACCCUCACACCUCUAAACUCGAAACCUGUACGGUCAAUGAGCGGCUACGUCUGCAGCUCAAACACGACACUCUACUCAGCAGGCGGCCCCACCGGCGAAGUGUUUUCCAUCCUCAGCGACGGCAGCAUCGGCCCCCUAAUCCAAAACCUCGAAUUCAGAAACCAAGGCAAUGAAAACGAUGGAGCUAGAAAUGGCGUCGCGCAUGGCGAUUUCGGAGGCUUGAGACAUGGUGCCCAUUCGGUCGAUCUCUCACCAGAUGGAAAAGCACUCUACAUUGCCGAUAUAGGACAUAACUGUAUCUGGAACUACGCCAUCUCUUCUGGUCAGGGAAAGCUAGAACAAACGCAAAAAUGGAUUGCGAGUAGGGAGAACGAUGGGCCUAGACAUGCUUGGCCGCACCCGAAUGGAAAGAUUCUCUAUUCGGUUCAGGAACACAGUUGUUAUGUCGAUGCACUGUCGAUCUCGGAAACAGGAACCCUGGACUUGGUCUCCGGAAAGAGGAUCAUUCCUGAAGACAAGGAUGAAAAGAAGUACUGGGCCGAUGAAGUACGGUUAAGCAGACCUACCUCCGGGCGACCGAAGUAUCUUUACGCAUCAACGCGGGGACUGGAAAAGGAGACCAAAGGCUAUGUUGCAGUAUUUGAGUUAGACGAAGAAGGCUUGUUGCGAGGAGAGGCUAUCGACAUUUUUGAGACCGCAACGAGUGGUGGCAUCGCUAAUGCUAUCGAGCCUGCGCCCAUGGUUGAAGGACAAGAGGGAGUGGAGUACUUGGCCAUGACGGAUAGCCAGGAGGGCUAUGUUUUCAUGUUGGCUUUCGAUGGAAAGAAGAUUAGAGAGAUCGCGAGGACGCAACUACUGGGAGAAGACGGGAAUACUCUGGCCGCUGCUACAGCAGUGUGGUUAUGA